UCACUUUCAGGCGUUCACACGGGGAGAAAGUGGGUGUGUGUGAGAGAGGGAGCAUUACUAUGUAAAGAGCUGCUGUUACGCACUGAGCGCUUGAUAAAACACACACUGGUUCACGCACGGUCGCACGCGCGCGCACCCCCACCACGCAAACACACACGUACACAGACGCUGAAGGCGCAGGCGGGAGAGUGAACCUGCGGGUUCAUGUCACUCUGAUUUCUCCAAGGAAGAGGAAUACCGAGGAAGAGAUCAAGAGGGAAUAUCAGCGACGGCGAUGGCUCUCGCGACCGUGUGGAACUACUGCGUCCCUCUCGCCAUCAUCACAGUCGGCUGCUUGGUGCGCACUGCCCGUUGUCAGGCAGUGCAGGCGGAGAAUGUGACAGUCUUGGAGGGGGGUACGGCCCAGAUCUCCUGCCGCCUGCAGAACUACGAUGGAUCAAUCGUGGUCAUCCAGAAUCCCCGCCGGCAGACCCUCUUCUUCAACGGCACGCGAGCCCUGAAGGACGACCGCUUCCAGAUGGUGCUCUUCACGCCACGGCUCGUGCGCAUCACGUUGACCAACGUCAGCGUGUGGGACGAGGGCGGCUACUUCUGCCAGCUCUACACGGACGCCACCCACCACCAGGUGGCGACGCUGUCUGUUUCGGUGCCCCCGGAGACGCCCACGGUGGAGGUGAAGCAGGAGGCCGUGGAGGGCGGCGAGGUGGAGCUCACCUGCGUGUCGCCGCGCAGCAAGCCGGCCGCCACCCUGCGCUGGAUUCGUAACGGCAGGGAGAUACCAGGUGUGGUGUCCCAGCAGGACAACGGGAAGACGUUCAGCGUGUCCAGCACCAUCCGGAUCCCGGUAGAGAGGAAAGACAACGGGGCGGCGCUGAGCUGCGAGGCGAUCCACCCAGCGCUGGGCGGGCAGAAGAGGAUUCGACACUACCGCCUGGAUGUGUAUUUCGCACCCACAGUGAGAAUCGUUCCUCCUUCUGGCAUAUUGCGAGAGGGCGACUCGCUCAGCCUCACCUGCUCCGUCACUGGGAACCCUCUGCCCAGGAACAUUCAGUGGUCCAAGAUUAACGACACCUUACCCGAGAGGGCGGAGAUAUCCGGCCCCACCUUUCAGAUUUCCCGUCUCAGCCAAUCGCACAACGGGACGUACUUGUGCCAGGCCCAGAACAACUACGGACGCGCUGCUGAUCAUUACACCCUGUUGGUGUAUGACAAUGUGUCAAUCACUACCACGGUCCCUCCCACUCCUACCACCCAACCAAUCACCUCCCAUCCCGCCACCCCAACCCUCCUAACACCCAGCUUCGCUCCGGACGCAAAAGAUCCCGGUGCAGUGGUAGAGACUCACAGUGCAGUACCGUACGCGGUGAUAGGUGGCGUUCUGGCACUGCUGGUUUUCACCGUCAUCUGCGUCCUCAUCGUCACCAUCUGGUGCUCCGUCCGACAGAAAGGUUCCUAUCUUACCCAUGAGGCCAGUGGGUUGGAUGAACAUGGUGAGGUGCAGGAGGCUUUCCUCAAUGGGAACGACGCCAGCCAGGGCAAGAAGGAGUACCUACUGUAGCCCUUCUCCUUCCCUAUCCCCCUCUCUUCUGACCUCAUCCCUCUAUCUCUUCCCCUCCCUAUCUCCCACCUUAUAUACAGUAUACACACACACGCGCACACACACACACACACACACACAAACACACACAUACUUCUAUACAAUGCGCCAUAACGGGCGGCCUUCUGAAAACGACUGUAUACAGAUACUGCACACAGCCAAUCCAUCCCGCUCCAUUCCACUCCAUAUCCUCCCCCAACACCGUAGACAGACUGAGAAAAAGAGAGCCUAUUGACCCACCAGCCAUUAACGACUGUGCCAUAUACUAUAAGUCGGAGAAACUGGGGGGAAAUGGAGAGAGCGAGAGACGCGGGGAGGAGAGGGUGAUGUAGACAAAAACGAAAUGAUGCCAUAAUUAUUUUGAUCGAGAAGGAAGCGGGGAACACAAAGAAAACAGGCACUCUGCCCGUGCAGCCGCCAAAGUGGAAGGGGAAUUAGAGGCAGAUGAUUGCUAUAAUUCCAUGCCUGGAGAAAACCAUCCAUUUCACAAAGCUCAAUCUUUAACUGGCGGAGACAGUGGGCACAGUGUGUGAGGAGGGAGGGGGGAGCUGAGGAGGUGGGGGUAGUUGACCAGGAGCUAUUGAGCGUUAGGUGCAGGAAAAUUGAAAUUUUUAAAAUUGCCAAAGCAUCUUGCCUACUGAGCGCAUCUCAUAUAUAAUUUCUUAACAACACUGGAGUGCGUAAGCCCAGAGUCCCGCGAAAGACUUCAUGAGCAAACUGACUGUCCUGUUUUGGUAUCCCUGUUGGGUGGCCUGCCAAUAAUUUGUGGAAAAAAGGGGAAAGGUGGUUCUCCUUCCUUUUCAGUUACACUCCAUCUCCUCCUUCCUCUCCGUUCACCUGUUACAUCCUCUCCCCCUCUCCCUUAUAUCUCUCUUUCUCUCUGUCUGUCCCCUUCUAUCGCUCCUCCUUUGUUGGCUCCUAAUAAUGAAAGGAUUAGUGUUGGGCUGCGUUCCCAACAAAGAAGAAAUGAAUAUGACUUGCUAAGGCAUAAAAGGAAAGCGUAAUUAUUUUAGAAUGUCAUUAAGAGGAUAAAAAGGGUUACAAGUCUUAAUAAGGAGGGCACGGGGAGUGAUAGCAAAAGGAGUGAAUGAGAAAAAACGGAUGGAUAUUUUUUCUCUGAAUGCUACCACACAUAUGCAGAUACAUGCACACAUUCAUACGUACAGUAAACAUGUUGACAGAACAAGUAUACAUAUCUCUGAAUUCCUUAUUUGUAUAAAAAAAGAAGAGCAACAUAAAUUAAAGGAAACUUUUAAGAAAUGAGAAAACAGUUUACUAUUGAAACGCAUUAUGAAGCAACUAUACUAACACAGAAUAUUAGCCUAUAGAGGUGCAAAGCCGAACAAACUACUGUCCAGUGAUCUUUAAAGAAAAUCAAGAAAAGAAAAAAAAAAAGAUUCAUUUGUCUUUAUGAGAAACCAGAGGUCUUAUUGAUUUUUUAUUAAUUAUUAUUAUUAUUUGAACAAUUAUGAUUGUUGUUAAUGUUAUUAUUAUUGCCGUUGUUAUUAUUAUAAUUGUAAAUGUUAAAUAAAUGUACACUUCCCAUGGUUUGUUUUUGGUUCUACUGUAGAGAAAUUGCUGUCUUUUUUCACCCUUACCUUUCCUCUCUUUCCCAGUCUUUCUCUCUCUUCGUCUCCUGUGCCUAGUCGUCUCUUCUCCUGUCUUUCACUCUUGUUUAUUUUAGAGUCCAUGUGUCAUUGUUGAUAUAUAGCUAACUAUUUCUUUAUAGGGGAAAGAUACAAAGCACGACAAAAUAAAAAAAGAAUCCAAAAAUAA